AUGAUCCAGAGGGCGCCGACGGUGCCGAUUCCGCCGCAGAGAGUGGCGGUCGAGGCCAGGCCGUGCGCGUGGGCCGACGACGCGGAGCUGGAGCGGGUGCUGGAGAGCGGCCGCGGCCUGGAGGGCCCGUCGGCCGACCACUUUAUCGAGCGCGUCAACCGUCCCGAUUCGACGGGCGCGACGCCGCUGCACGCCGCCAUCUCCUCCGCCGCCAUCGCGGCCACGGUCAAGGCUGCGGGUCCAAAGGACCCGUGGGCGCCGGACUCGGGCGAGGGGCAGCUGCGCUGCCUCCGCCUCCUCCUCUCCUCCGGCGCGUCGGUCGAGCGCAAGUACUUUGGCCGGACGGCGCUGCACCUCGCCGCUGCCGCGAUCCUCGACACGGCGGCGGCGGCUGCCGCCGCAGCAGUGCGGCGCGCAGACCUGUCGGGGCGCACGCCGCUGCACGCUGCGAUCCGCGCCGGUGGCCCGGGCGGCUCGGCGGCGGCUCUGGCGCUGCUCCGCGCGCGGGCCGACCCGAGCGCCGCGGAGCACGCCGGAAGCACUGCGCUGCACCUCGCUU